UGAGGUCGGUCAAUAAGCAUUAGUCAUUCAGCCGUUCUACAUUAGAGGCCGGUAAUGGCGCAUGAAGCCUCUUGGAUAUGGCCGCCCAGUCUUUGGAUCAUUGCCAUGUUUGCAGCUGCUGACUCCAGAGCAGCGGAGUUGCGAUCCGUGUGCCAGCAGGGUUUGGAUGUGACGGCUGACGCAUGCGGUUUACUACACCCUGUAUGUGAACUUUUGCAACGAAAAUAAACGCCAAUACUCUUGAAAGAUUUCUUUCUGUUUUGUGUAUGCGGCUCUUCUGCUGACCUUUUGUGUGUGCGACUCCCUUUCGUCAGCUGCAGGUGUGCAUGAAGGAGUUCAGAGCUGAGUAACGCACAAUUGCACAGGGUGUUGCUUUCGUCUGUACCUAUGGAGAUGCAUAUGUCUGCAUUGGAGCUGUAUACACAAAACGGGAACCUUUGAUGGCCCAGUUCCUGGAAAAUAAAGCAUGGUGGGAACAGACCAUUGGGCGAGAGCGGAGAAGGCUUAGAGGUGGCAGCUACCAUGAGAUUGUUGGUUCUGGUGUCCAGGCUCAUUCGCAGUUUCUGGUUGGCAGAAGGUCUGGGUUUGGGUUAACCAUUUCCCGUUUCUUGCCUCUGCAGUUGGAGAAGUACCAGCAGGGCGACUUUGGUUAUUGCCCCCGUGUUUACUGUGAGAACCAGCCCAUGCUGCCUAUCGGUCUCUCUGACAUCCCUGGUGAAGCGAUGGUAAAGCUGUAUUGCCCCAAGUGUAUGGAUGUUUACACCCCCAAAUCCUCCCGCCAUCACCAUACGGAUGGAGCAUAUUUUGGCACUGGAUUCCCCCAUAUGCUCUUCAUGGUUCACCCAGAGUAUCGACCCAAGAGACCUGCCAAUCAGUUCGUCCCCAGGUUAUAUGGCUUCAAAAUCCACCCCAUGGCAUAUCAGCUCCAACUUCAGGCGGCCAGCAACUUCAAAAGUCCCGUGAAGACAAUGCGUUGAGAAUCCACCCUCAUCUACGGUUUCAGUAUCAGGCCCGGUGACACCCCCCACCCUCCCAAGCCUCCUCCUGUUGCACCAGUCAUGGAGCAAUGGUUUUCUUUUCUUUCUUUUUUGUGUAUGUUUUUUUUCCAAUCAUUAUUUUGACUUUAGUCCUGUUCAGAGCGUGUUCAACCCGCGACUGUGGUUAAAUAAAGUUAUAUAGAAUGAACCAA